UGUUAGCAGCAGUCAGUCGCGUUCAAACAGGCACGCGUGAUACGGGGGUACCUUCUACCAACACGACAAACCAGACAGAGCAGCGCAGAAGUUGUUCGGUUCGUGGUAAAGAGAGGAGCUUUUGCAAGACGGACGACGACGACGACGAGCGCCGCGGCGCAUAACAACCUACCACCACGUACUACCACUACUACACAUAUAGCAAUUCCGGUCAUAUUGUUUCUUCUCAGUAGCAAAGUUGUCGGUCCGGAAAAACAACAACAGCGACGACGAAAAAUUGAGUUGAUGAUGCCGGUGGAAAAGUUGGACGCGUUUUUCCAAGUCGACGGCUCGCCGACGCCGGGGCCGCCGCGACGUUUAACAGCCGUGCGUGUGCUCUACGUGCGGAGCGACGAAUAAGUUUGAACAUGACGGCAACCGACGCCGCCGACGAUACCGCACCACGGAAAUGUAUAUUACUAUUGCUAUUACUGUUGCUACCGUUGUUGUUAUUAUGCCACUGUGUCGCGCAGAAUUAGGCACAUAGUAAGUACAUAAUUAAUUAAUUAAUUAAUCAAUAGCAGUAAAUUAGCCGUUGGAGAAAGAAGGGUGCGUUCUAAUUAAGAAGAGUUUAAGAGUGCGUGCGGAAUUAAGCAACUUAAUGCACCAAUUGUAGAAGACUUUUUUGUUUUUUCUUUCGUAGCGCGUCAAAAUGCAAUUUCGCGUUACGAGUGUUAUCACGAUUAGUAUUACCGUUAACAGACAAUUUUUUACGCGUAACAAUAACAUCUUGACUACUGAGUGAUAGACAUCUGUGAUUAGUACAUUAAAUUAAUAAAUUAAGGUCAUUAAUUAAAAUCACUGCCCAAACAAGUAUUCAAGCCAAGGACGACGUCGACGCCGUUCUGCUUCAUCCCCUUCUUACGUAUUACGUAUAUCCGUACAGAUAUAAAUCUGGCGUCUAGAUCCAGGGCGGGUUGCAGUUCCAGAAACGUUGCCAAAAAUCCUUAAAAUGGCCCUUCGUCCUUUCACUUCCGUCCUUCUCUAUCUGCUCGUCUUGUUCGCGAUCGUCGUGGUCGGCUGCGACAGGAUACGACACCAUCACCACACCGUCCCGACGCCCGAUCACGACGACGACGACGUCUACGUGUCCCAGCUAGAGAGCAGCGCGCUUGACGAAACGUCCGAAACGUCGGCUUCGGUUAUCAAUUGUCCGAACUGUUUCUACAAAACCGGACGAAAUCUUAAGGCCGAAAGUGAUAAUCUACGACUGGAGGCGAUCAAGAGGCAAAUUUUGUCGAAAUUGGGGCUGCAACACAAGCCCAAUGUCACGUACAGUCUUCCCAGGGACGUUAUUCUGGAAACCAUUUCCAGGGCCGAGGACAGUUGGAAGUUUCAGGAGGAAGAUGAGGAAAUACUCAGCACGAGUGCGAAAACCACUAACAAUAUCGAAACGCUAGACGUGGACGAUUUUUAUGGGAGGACCUCCGAAAUUAUCUCCUUUGGAGACGGUAUGACAGUGAAUGGAAAUAAGUAUUUAGAGUUCAGGAUAACCCCUGAACCCGGCCAAGCGAUCCAGGAGUUGAGGGUUCGCGAGGCAACCCUCUGGCUCAAAACGGAACUGAGAAAACGCCCGCCGACGAGGUGCCAACAGUACCUUUGGGCAUUCAGGGUCAAACAAUUUAGUUUUUCAAAUAAACUUAGUCUAGACGAACACAAUUUCGGUACGAAAUUGGAGGUGAACGAGAACAACAGCGGAUGGCAAAAACUCAAUUUAACAGACACUGUGAGAAGGUGGUUGUCGGAGGGGACUUCCCAAAAGUUACGUCUCCUCAUUGACUGCAGUUGCAGAUGUAAGAAUGUCCACUUGCACAUCCCCGACACGCCAUCAACUUCCUCGUCCUCCACCAACAGUGGAACCAGCAGUCGAAGACACGACCCCACGAGACCCUUCCUCGUCAUUCACACCGACCCCAGUACCACGAGGAGGGUCCGAAGAAGAGCAAUAGAUUGUUCUCCUGAAUCUGGGAAUCAAUGUUGCAAACAAAGAUUUUACGUCAGUUUCAAGGAAAUUGGAUGGGAUGACUGGGUUAUAGCGCCACAAGGUUACUACGCCAAUUACUGUCGAGGAGACUGCGGUCACCAGAGAACUCCUGACCAAUAUCUAAACUACCAUACGCAUGUGAUCGAGGAGCUGAGAAAAAGCAACCAUCUGAGCGGGAUGCAACCUUGCUGUGCACCGCUGAAGUUUUCGGGAAUGAGCCUGAUCUAUUUGGGCUCCGAUCAAAACAUUAUCAAAAGGGACUUGCCCAAAAUGGUCGUGGACGAGUGCGGGUGUCCGUAAUUUCAUUUUAAGUGUUAAUGCGUAAUGAAAAAACAGUGUUAAUUAAUUUGUGAAAGUGGGACUGUAGAAAAAUCGAUAAGAAUAGGGUAAGGUCAUAGUGAGACACUAACAAAUUGGAAUUGCGGUAGAUUUUUGGACGGAAAAAGGACGUUAUUGGAGGAAACAGUGAACUAAUAUAAUAGACAUACAAUCGGGAAUAUUUGCAUCGAAGAUAUCUCAACUAUAAUAACGAACGAAAAAUUUUGACUACAAAGUAGAACUUUUAAUUACAACAAGUUUGACGAUCAGAACCACCACAGUAAAUGGAAAGGAUUUCUUAAUCAAACUUGCAAAUAUUCUCAACCAAAACACGUCUGGAAUACGGGAUUUUUUGGACACCACGGCAGAUAAAACUCAUUGAUGACACUAAUUUACGGACUAAGCCGAUCGUUGUACAGACUUAUUUCAAAAUAAUCAUACCGCCGCUUAUUCGCCUAUGUGAGCUCAUAAUUUAAUUAAAAAACAAUUAGGUUUUAGUUAUUACCUUUUUUUUUCGUAUUAUGAUUGCAACAUUUGAAAGAUGAAUUUUUAUGAUGGGUGUUUAGAAGACAAAAUUGUGCCUCUUGGUAAUAAGAAAGAAAAUCAAUUGUAGACAAAUGGUUAAUAGCAAAUAAAAAAAAUAUUGAUAUCGUGAAUAGCUUUCUGGCAUUGAAAGCAAGAAAAAAUAGCCUCUUAUGAUCAAAGGUCGCUUUAAAUAAUAUAUACUCAGUUAAACAGCGGGAAAAGGUCGAUCCUUUAGGAAAAUGUUAAUAUUUACGGUUAGGAAAGUGAUUAGUCAAUGAUGUAAUCGAUUUAUUGUGAUAAAAAAUUCUAAAUAAGUUUUGGAAAACAAUUGAAGCUUUAGGAAAACGGUCUGGUUCAAUUUUCGUUCGCUAAUGUUAUAAAAAAAACUAUACAUUCAUAAAUACCCUAAUAUUUAUUGUACAUUACCUUAACUCUGCACUAAUUAACAAUCGGUUUUGAGUCAUUUGUUUGGAUAACUUUAAAGUUAAAAUCUGUCAAUUACGCUAGAAAAAGUAAGGUUAAAUUUGACAUAGAGUCAAAAAAAAAAUGACAGUUACUAUAGAUGGUAAUAUC